AGAUACUAUGAAACAACUUAGAAACAAAUGGAAAUAAUUAUUGCUAUUAUUAAAUGAAUAUGCGCAUUACUAAAUAAUAAGAUUAAUUUUGAAAAAAGUUAAAUUGAUUAUUAUAAAUAACAUGACAUCUCUUGCGACAACAUCUAUGAAUACAAAAAGAUCUCAUAUCAGAAAUGCACGUCAAGGUAGUGUUAUUGAUUUGGAUAUUGACAUGUUUCUCAAGAUAUCCAAUUAUGAAGAUACAGUUAGACAACUUGAUAUCUAUUACGGAAUUGUUAAAAGACAAUUAUUACGUUAUCAAAGUUGCAUAACAGGUCUUUUUCCACAAAUUUCAAAUGAUAAAGUAGUUGGAAGUGUAAGAGAAAGUAUUUAUUGUGCUGCUGCUAUAUGGAGUUUGUAUCAAGCAUAUAGACGUAUAGAUGAUGAUCGUGGAAAAUCUUAUGAACUUGGACAAUCUGCUGUAAAAUGUAUGCGUGGAAUUUUAGAAUGUUGGGUAAAACAGUCACCUCGAAUAGAAUUAUUUAAACGUAAUCAAUGUAACCGUUUUGCUCUACAUUGUAAAUUUCAUUUAGAUACUGGUGAUGAAAUUUUUAAAGAUGCUGAUUAUAAUCACUUACAAAUUGAUAUUGUUUCUCUAUAUUUGAUAUUUUUGGUACAAAUGAUUUCUUCUGGAUUACAAAUUAUAUAUACUCAAGAUGAAGUAGCAUUUGUGCAAAAUCUUGUGUAUUAUGUAGAAAGAGCAUAUCGUACACCAGAUUAUGGCAUGUGGGAACGUGGUAGUAGAUAUAAUGAUGGUACACCUGAAAUACAUGCAAGUUCAAUUGGUAUAGCUAAAAGUGCUCUUGAAGCUAUUAAUGGAUGUAAUUUAUUUGGAGAAAAAGGAGCUUCUUGGUCAGUUAUAUAUGUUGACAUUGAUGCACAUAAUCGAAAUCGUAGUAUUUUUGAAACAAUGCUUCCAAGAGAAUCAAGUUCUAAGAGUGUAGAUAUAGCUUUAUUGCCAACAAUAUCUUUUCCUGCAUUUGCUACUCAUGAAGAUGUACUGUAUAAUGAGACAAAAGCAAAUAUUGUUAGGAGAUUAAAAGGAAAUUAUGGAUUUAAAAGAUUUGGCAGAGAUGGAUAUAAAACAACUAUAGAAAACAAAGAUCGUCGAUAUUACAAAUCUGGUGAAAUCAAGGAAUUUGAUAAUAUAGAAUGCGAAUGGCCUUUAUUUUAUAUAUUUAUGAUUAUUGAUGGUGUUUUUAAAACUUUGCCAGAACAAGUAGAAGAAUACCAAAAAUUGUUAAAAGAAAGAAUAUAUAAAGAUAUAAAUGGAGAUCCUGUAAUACCUAUGUAUUAUUAUGUACCUGAGGAAAAUUUAGAAGCAGAAAGAAAUGAUCCUGGUAGUACAUAUCGAGUUUCAAGCAAUGAAGGCAAAGGUCAGAAAAGUUCUGCAGAUGCAGAACUUGGACCCAUGUAUUUAUGGAAUCAAGCUAUGUUUAUAAUUGCUCAAUUACUUACUGCUAGUUUAUUACAUAUUAAUGAAUUAGAUCCAAUUAGACGUUAUCUUCCUUCAUAUAAUAGACCACGAAAAGCUGGAAGAUAUUCAGCUUUUCAAGCUAAACCAAGUAUUGGUACUCAUACUGAUCUUGUAGUACAAAUUGUUCUUAUUGCUGAAUCUAUGAGAUUACAAGCUAUGAUGGCAACAUAUGGUAUUCAAACACAGACACCACAUGAAGUAGAACCUGUACAAAUAUUAUCAUCUACACAAUUGGUAAAAGUCUAUGAAAAAUUGGGAGUAAAUACUAAAUUAAAUCUACAAGGUAGACCAGGAAGACCUAUUGGAUCUUUGGGUACAAGUAAGAUCUAUAGAGUAUGUGGUAUGACAGUACUCUGUUAUCCCCUAAUAUUUGAAGUAUCAGAAUUUUAUUUGUACAGAGAUAUGGCUUUAUUAAUUGAUGACAUUAAAACUGAGCUUCAGUUUGUAGGCAAAUAUUGGCGACUUUCAGGUCGACCCACUGUAUGUCUUUUAAUUAGAGAAGAACAUAUGAGAGAUCCACAAUUUAAAGAAAUGCUUGAUCUUUUUGCUAUGUUAAAAAAAGGAUAUUGCGAUAAAACAAAAGUACGAAUUGGUCGAUUACAAAAUCUCAUUUCUUCUUCUUGUAUUGAACAUUUAGAUUUUAUAAAUACUAUAGAAACAGAUCUUGAACUUAGUCAAUUUAAGCAAUUAGAACAUGAUUACAUUGGAUAUCAAAGUUUAACGGAUGUACCUAAAGCUUUAACUUAUACAGAAGAUACAAAAGAUUAUUCAUAUUAUAUGAAUGAACCAUUGUAUAAUAUAUUAAAUGAAAUUCGUAACAAUAAAAGCUUGUAUAGUUUAUGUCAACUUUAUGGUAUUUUAUUAAAACGAGAAGGAAUUAACUAUGAAAUUAAUGGGAUAACUGUUGAAGAUCAUUUAAGAUCAUUAUAUCAACAAGCAGGUUGUCUUAGAUAUUGGAUGGUUGUUCGUUAUUGUAGUAGUUUAUUGCAUCAUACUGUUGAUAGUAUAAGUCCUUUUAUAACUGGAGUUCUUGUUAAAGGGAAACAGAUAACAGUUGGAGUAAUUGGUCAAGAAGAAACAGUAUUUGAUAAACCAAUGACACCUAUAGAAAUUCAAUCAGUUAUGUAUUCUACAAUUCAACCACAUAAUGUAGUUCAAACUGUACUUCAACAAGAAGUCUUAUUAUAUUGUGGUCGACUUAUUGGAACAAAUCCAGAAAUGUUUAAAGGAAUAUUAAAAAUUCGUAUUGGGUGGGUUUUAGAAGCAAUAAAUCUUUACUUACAAAUGUUUGUUAAAAAUAUUAAACCAAUUGAAAAUUAUAGUCCAUAUGAAAUUCGACGAUUUCUCAUAAAAGUAUUAACAGUUAAAUACUGGGCUAAAGAUGAAAAACUUACAGUUUUAGGACGUAGGAAAAUUGAAGGUUGUUUAUGUAGAGUACCUGCACAUUUUUAUAAUCACGUUUGGGAAGUAUUAAUGCGUUGUCCAGAUGGUAUUUGUGUUAAUGGACGAGAAUUACCUCAACAACCUACUUUGUCUAAUAUGACUCGUUCAGAACUUACAUUUGCUUUAUUUGUGGAAUCUUUACUUCAUAAUAUACAAUUGCCAGAAUAUCGACAAAUUAUUGUAGAGUUACUCACUAUAGUGUCAACAAUUUUACUUCGAAAUCCAGAAUUAAGUUUUCAGAAACAAUUAAAUCUAAAUAAACUCGUUGAAGAUAGUUUCUUCAUGUAUUGUAAGGAUCAUAAUUUAGAAAAAAAUGCUGAUCAAUCAUUAUUUUUUUCUGCUAAUUAUUCAAUAACUACAGGAUAUCUUGCUAGAGCUGUAGUUAAUAACAUGCUUACUGGAGGAUGUUUUGCAACUAUUAAUGAUAUCAAUGAUGCAAUUGAAAAUAGAGAAACUUGCAAGAUCACAUAAUAAAAAAAUGUAGUCUUUUAUCAUAAUAAAUUAUUGUAUAAAUAUAUUAAAAGUUAUAUUAAUAUAUAAAAAUGUAGUAUUUUCUUAAUAUAUAUAUUUCUUCAAUAAAAAUUUAUAUAUUGUUAGA